AUGGCCAUCUCCGUCCCCAUUUUCUUCAACAAGGACUUCAACGUCUACAACCGGGUCUACACCACCUUCGACACCUUCCUCUACUACGUCAUCAACAUCUUGAUGUGUGUGUUGAUCUUUGGCGAGAUGGUGGUGGAACAGGUGGAGCUGGUGUGGUACCUGAUAAACAUCGUCAAGGCGCUGGUCCAGCACAAGCUUUACAAUAAUAUCAACUGA